GCCGCCGCUGCGUACUGGAGAGCGGGGGGCGCACGAUCUGGGGACCCCGGGCGGCGGACCCGAGCCCUCCCCCCCGCCCCGCCUCCGGGGCACCAGCUUCGGCUCCAUUGUUCCCGCCCGGGCUGGAGGCGCCCGGCUCCGAGUGCCGCCGGGAGUCGUGCCUCGGCCGCGGAGCCCUCGAGACCCCAUCAGGAUCUGAACGGAGCCUGGGGACGAGCGGCCGGAGCGCAAGACCCAGACACCCGCCGCGCCACGGCGAGCUCUCCAGAGGCGGGACCGCAGCGCCAAGUGAGAGUCAGCUUGCGAAGGCAGACCCCGCUCACGGUGGACUAUCCAUGGAGGUACGGAGCCUUGUUACCAACCUCUAACCGCAGAACUGGGAUGUGGGGCUGGAAGUGCCUCCUCUUCUGGGCUGUGCUGGUCACAGCCACUCUCUGCACUGCCAGGCCAGCCCCAACCUUGCCCGAACAAGCUCAGCCCUGGGGAGUCCCUGUGGAAGUGGAGUCUCUCCUGGUCCACCCUGGCGACCUGCUACAGCUUCGCUGUCGGCUUCGCGAUGAUGUGCAGAGCAUCAACUGGCUGCGGGAUGGGGUGCAGCUGGUGGAGAGCAACCGCACCCGUAUCACAGGGGAGGAGGUGGAGGUGCGGGACUCCAUCCCCGCUGACUCUGGCCUCUACGCUUGUGUGACCAGCAGCCCCUCUGGCAGCGAUACCACCUACUUCUCCGUCAAUGUCUCAGAUGCACUCCCAUCCUCGGAAGAUGAUGAUGACGACGAUGACUCCUCCUCGGAGGAGAAAGAGACGGACAACACCAAACCAAACCGUAGGCCUGUAGCUCCCUACUGGACAUCCCCAGAGAAAAUGGAGAAGAAACUGCACGCGGUGCCUGCUGCCAAGACGGUGAAGUUCAAGUGCCCGUCGAGUGGGACACCCAACCCCACUCUGCGCUGGUUGAAAAAUGGCAAAGAAUUCAAGCCUGACCACCGGAUUGGAGGCUACAAGGUUCGCUAUGCCACCUGGAGCAUCAUAAUGGAUUCUGUGGUGCCUUCUGACAAGGGCAACUACACCUGCAUCGUGGAGAAUGAGUAUGGGAGCAUUAACCACACCUACCAGCUUGACGUCGUGGAACGAUCUCCUCACCGACCCAUCCUUCAGGCAGGGCUGCCUGCCAACAAGACAGUGGCCCUGGGCAGCAACGUGGAGUUCAUGUGUAAGGUGUACAGCGAUCCGCAGCCUCACAUUCAGUGGCUGAAGCACAUCGAGGUGAACGGGAGUAAGAUCGGUCCAGACAACUUGCCAUAUGUCCAGAUCCUGAAGACUGCUGGAGUUAAUACCACCGACAAGGAAAUGGAGGUGCUUCAUCUACGGAAUGUCUCCUUUGAGGAUGCGGGGGAGUAUACGUGCUUGGCGGGUAACUCUAUCGGACUCUCCCAUCACUCUGCAUGGUUGACCGUUCUGGAAGCCCUGGAAGAGCGACCAGCUGUGAUGACCUCCCCGCUCUACCUGGAAGUCAUUAUCUACUCCAUCGGGGCCUUCCUGAUCUCCUGUAUGUUGGGCUCUGUCUUCAUCUACAAGAUGAAGAGCGGCAACAAGAAGAGCGACUUCCAUAGCCAGAUGGCUGUGCACAAGCUGGCCAAGAGUAUCCCUCUGCGCAGACAGGUAACAGUGUCAGCUGACUCCAGUGCAUCCAUGAACUCUGGGGUUCUCCUGGUUCGACCCUCACGGCUCUCCUCCAGCGGGACCCCCAUGCUAGCUGGAGUCUCCGAAUAUGAGCUCCCUGAGGAUCCCCGCUGGGAGCUGCCACGAGACAGACUGGUCUUAGGCAAACCACUUGGUGAGGGCUGCUUCGGGCAGGUGGUGUUGGCCGAGGCCAUCGGGCUGGAUAAGGACAAACCCAACCGCGUGACCAAAGUGGCCGUGAAGAUGUUGAAGUCCGAUGCAACGGAGAAGGACCUGUCGGAUCUGAUCUCGGAGAUGGAGAUGAUGAAAAUGAUCGGGAAACACAAGAAUAUCAUCAACCUUCUGGGGGCGUGCACACAGGAUGGUCCUCUUUAUGUCAUCGUGGAGUACGCCUCCAAAGGCAACCUCCGGGAGUAUCUGCAGGCCCGGAGGCCUCCUGGGCUGGAAUACUGCUACAACCCCAGCCACAACCCUGAGGAACAGCUGUCUUCCAAAGAUCUGGUAUCCUGUGCCUAUCAGGUGGCUCGGGGCAUGGAGUAUCUUGCCUCUAAGAAGUGUAUACACCGAGACCUGGCUGCUAGGAACGUCCUGGUGACCGAGGAUAACGUAAUGAAGAUCGCAGACUUUGGCUUAGCUCGAGACAUUCACCAUAUCGACUACUAUAAGAAAACCACCAAUGGCCGGCUGCCUGUGAAGUGGAUGGCCCCCGAGGCCUUGUUUGACCGGAUCUACACCCACCAGAGCGACGUGUGGUCUUUUGGGGUGCUCUUGUGGGAGAUCUUCACUCUGGGUGGCUCCCCAUACCCCGGUGUGCCUGUGGAAGAACUUUUCAAGCUGCUGAAGGAGGGUCAUCGAAUGGACAAGCCCAGUAACUGUACCAAUGAGCUGUACAUGAUGAUGCGGGACUGCUGGCACGCCGUGCCCUCUCAGAGACCUACGUUCAAGCAGCUGGUGGAAGACCUGGACCGCAUUGUGGCCUUGACCUCCAACCAGGAGUAUCUGGACCUGUCCAUACCGCUGGACCAGUACUCACCCAGCUUUCCCGACACACGGAGCUCCACCUGCUCCUCAGGGGAGGACUCUGUCUUCUCUCAUGAGCCGUUACCUGACGAGCCCUGUCUGCCCCGACACCCUACCCAGCUUGCCAACGGUGGACUCAAACGGCGCUGACUACCAACCCCGUCCCCACCCUUCCCCCAUUUCCGUCAUCACCCGUGCCACUCACCCACAAUCCCCUUGUUGGACAUGCUGCCUUUCUCCUCCUUCCCGGCUGGCAAGAGCCAGUGCCUGAGACCUUCCUGUGUUGUGGCCUUCCCCUCCAUCACCCCCAAGACCCCUCUUCUCCCUCUUCUUAGCCUGCUGUGUGAGAGAGGAGCCAAGAGGCAGGUGCUUGCCGGCGGCCGCAUCCUCCUUCCCAGGUGUUGGACCAAGACCCUCCCCGCCGCCGCCUGGCACUGCUUGGAGGUGUGCGGAGCGGAAGCAAAUGGAGCAUCCAUCCGGGGCGUUCCUGUUGACCCAUCAGCCCCUUCUGUUCUGGCGGCAGGGGCCUUGGGGCUCCUGGAAGCAGUGAGGUUUCCGCCCCAGGUCGAUGGUGCCAGUAGCUUCUUAAUUCCAAUACUAAUUUGCUUUGCUGACCAAAUACUUGCCUGGUACCAGAGGACAAGGAAGCAGAGACUGGGAGCCGUGAUGUGCCCUUGGGCUGAGCCCUAGACUUGGGGCUCUGUACAUAGCUAUGAAGAAAAACACAAAGUGUAUAAAUCUUGAGUAUAUAUUUACAUGUCUUUUUAAAAAGGGUCGUUACUAGAGAUUUACCCGUCGGGGGAAGAUGCCCCAGGGUAGCAUCCGUUGCUAUAUAUUAAAAACAAACAGAAAAGAAAAAAAAAAAAAGGAAAAUGUUUUUUAAAAGGUCAUAUAUUUUUUUGCUACUUUUGCUGUUUUAUUUUUUUAAAUUAUGUUUUAAACCUAUUUUCAGUUUAGGUUUCCCUCAAUAAAAAAUUGCUGCUGCUUCAUUUUUA